UAAAUGAUAUAAUCACUUGCCCUAAGCAAGACAGUAAGGUAUGGUGAAUGCACUAUUGCCAUACGAUUCAAAGUACACUUAAUCCAUGUGCAUUAUCUUGCUUUUCAUGAGCAGCUGGCAAUGGUGGACUUAUACAUGUUGAAUAUCAGGGUGAACUUCGAUGACAUUUUGCAUGCUUCCAAAAAAUGGGGAUUAACUCCUCUUGAGGCAUCUGUAUAAAUUUCUCGUAAGAAUUAAGGUUUGUUUAAACAUAGCCUUAUUACAAGUAAAGUGAGAUUAUAGGUUUCCGCUCUUGGACAGUGCCAACUUCAAUCGAUCAAGAACAUGAUGUAAUAAUUGAAUCUGCUCCUUAAUUGUCUGGUCUACACAUGAUUCAAAUUCUUUGGUGUGUGAAACAUCCAUUUGAUUAAUGAAUUUGGUUGCCUCUAAUCUAUCUUGACAAACCAUCAAAGACCGUCGCAACCGCUCCUGAAACCUUGACAUCUCCUCUUCAAUGGCAUUAUUGGCCUGAACAACAGGGACACUGCAGUAUUCUAUACAGUUACUUAUUUCCUGUUGAUUUCUCUGCCUGUCGAAGCAGUCAUAAGCGCACUUGAAGUAGGCUUUCCGAAGAUUGAAGUUGACAUGAUCCUGGACUCCUGAGAGUUGCUGUUCGACUGCUUUCUGUACUUGAUCAACUAAUCUCUUUACCCUUUCGGCAAGAAACCUCUCUUCUGAAUUGAGGUUUUGAAUUACAUUUUCAAGCGGUAAUGGCGAUGCACAGGAGCAUUAUGGGAAGAGGAAGGGUAUUCAUAUCCUCUUUUUCUUUUCUUUUCUACCAAAACACCAGCAGGAAUUACGUUUCCACGCCUUCCUCAAUGCUCAACAGCUCUUUGAAAGCGGCGGAAGCUGCCAAAUUUGCUGCAAUGGCGGACAAAUGGAUCAUAAUGGGAAGAGGAAGGGUAUUCAUAUUCUCUUUUUCUUUUCUUUUCUACCAAAACACCAGCAAGAAUUACGCUUCCACGCCUUCCUCUAUGCUCAACAGCUCUUUGAAAGCGGCGGAAGCUGCCAAAUUUGCUGCAAUGGCGGACAAAUGGUGGGAUUAUGAAGGGCCAUACAAACCUCUGCAUUUGAUGAACCCUACUAGAAUAUCCUUUAUUCGCUCAGCACUUUGUCAGCACUUCAGAAAAGAUCCAAAUAAUGCAAGGCCUUUUGAAGGAUUGAGAAUUAUUGACAUUGGAUGUGGAGGUGGUUUACUUUCUGAGCCCUUAGCGAGAAUGGGAGCACUAGUGACAGGAAUUGAUGCAGUGGAGAAAAAUAUUAACAUAGCAUCAGUGCAUGCUAUGAGAGAUCCAUUGACUGCAUCAAUAGAUUAUCGGUGCACCACAGCUGAGCAGCUGGUACAAGAGGAAGAACACUUUGAUGCUGUAAUUUCACUUGAGGUGAUUGAGCAUGUUGCAAACCCUCAGGAAUUUUGCAAAUAUUUGGCAGCAUUGACUAUUAACAAUGGAGCCAUAUUUAUCUCAACUAUUAAUCGGACAAUACGAUCAUAUAUUGCAGCCAUUGUUGCAGCUGAGUAUAUCCUAGGUUGGCUGCCAAGAGGAACACAUGAUUGGUCCAAUCUAAUUACUCCAAAUGAACUUGUUUUGCUCAUGAAGCAUGCUUCCAUUAUGGUCCAGGAAAUGGCAGGGCUUACCUACGAUCCUUUGAGGAACAGUUGGAACUUAUCAGAUAAUACAGAUGUUAACUAUAUUUGUUUUGGAGUGAAGCAAGAUACAUAAGUUCAUAAUGUGUUUUGCUUUUCAGGUGUGUUGUAUGGUAUAGGGUACAUCAGCACCAUUAUUAUCUUUCAAAAUAUUUGAUGAGAAUGGUGCAUCCAAAUGUUGUUUUGUUGUUAAAGUGUUCUGUGAGCUGGGUUUUUUAAAAAACGAGUUCUAAUGAAACGAUGCAAUGUGUACAGGGUUGCAAGCAAUCUAUGUAUCAUAUGUUCAUUAAAUAUUUCUCGUUACAAAGGAAACAUGUGAUACUCCCUGAUUCUUUCCAUCCAACGAACUUUUGAAUUCUGAGUAUAGGAUGUAGUUAGUUAUAUGGCAGCUUCAUCACCUACUGCUUUUUGAACAGGAUAGAUUCAUGGAUUGAUGUUUAUUUUGUUUUACUUAUUAUUGAUUUAUCCUUUGUCAUUCAACAUCA